GUGCUUGAGAUGUUCGAGAGAUACGUUCAUUCGCCCGUCCAUAUAUCCAUUCACCUACCUACCCAUCGGUGAGAGAGCGAAGCCCCACAACAUGUACUGGUCAAUUCGCCAUGAUCUUGAUCCGUUCAUUCAUCGACUCGACGUGCGCAGGAACAACACAGCGUGGAUCUGCCCGCCUGCCUGCCUGCCUCCGUAUCUGUCUGUCUUCAUUGAGCAGUCAACCGGCCUUUUUGGGCCUCAGGGUAGACAGGCAGCCAGACAGAGACAGACAGACAACCACAAGACGAUCGACGUAGAUAAAGGCAGACGACUCACCCAGCCAACGAACGAACCAACCAACACGUCCCCCUUCCCGCGCAAACAUGGCCAGCCAGUGAGGCUGAAUAAUUCCCCUGUCUGCCUGCCUGCCUGCCUACCUUUCUGUACACAGCAGACAGACAGACACAGGCAGGGGAUGAGCGCACGCACAAUACCACUCACUCACUCACUCACUGUACACAUUAAUAUGUUCUAUAUAUAGCGGAGCGGACAGACGGAAGCACAUCGGCCUCCCACUAGGUAGGUACGUCACGUCCACACGCCAUACACAGAAGAUAGACAUACACACAGACACACACACACGGCACGGCACGGAGGACGGACCAAUAAACCAUCCAUCCAGCAGACCACCCAUUACAUGCAUACAGCAAAAGACAAAAAACACGUGUAUGGUAUGCGUCAUGGUUUAUCCAUCCAUCGUGUGGACAGGAGAGAUAAAGGCCACUGACCGACCGGCCGACCGAUGCACACACUCACACUCACUUGCACACACGUGACUGGCCCAAACCCACCCCCCCAGCCACAUACCCAUUGCUACGGGUCAACAAAUCCACACGCACACACAUAGCAUGGAUGUCACGCCUUUUCUGUCUAAGCGUGGAAUGGAAAGACGACAGCUAUGGUGAAGAUGGCCACGGUGCCAUAAAGGAUGUCCAGCAUGAUGCCGACCUUCAUGAAGUCGAGGAAGACAUAACCGCCGGGGCCCAUCACCAUCAGGUGGGUCUGGUAACCUGCAAGCCACACAGUCACACGGAGAGAGAGAGUGGGGUGCUGAUGGCUGGUGUGUCUGUGAGGGGUGUGGUUCUGCCGCACCGAGUGGCACUGAGAAGGCGGCUGAGGCGGCGAUCAUGACGGCCAUGGACAGAGGCCGAUACGAGAUGCCCAACAGGCUGGCCAGCUGCACCGCCAGCGGCAUGGCCAACGCUGCCGCCUACACAUCCAUCCAUCCAUCCAUCGACACACACACCCUUGUUCACUGCACUGCCAUGCAUACGCACCGCGUUGUUGGUCACAAGCUGGGUCAUGACGAGUGUGGCGAAGUACAGCAGGGCCAGCGCGACGAAUGGCGACGUCGACACGGACCGUAUGGCGUCGGCGAUGACCGCCGCGAGGCCGCUGUUGUCCAUGGCCGUGCCGAUACCGAAGGACGAACCGAUCAGCAGCACCAGCGACCAGGACACCGAGUCGAUCGCCUCGGUGGGCGUCAGCCACCUGCACACACACACACACACAAUAUCUCGGUCUCUCUGUGCUGUAUCUGCCUCAAUGUGUGUGUGUGUACCUGAAGACGACGUUGAGGAGUGCGCCAGCGAGUGCGCCGAAUGCAAUGUCGAUGACGUUGGCGGCGGCGAGGGCGAGCAUGAGUAGCAUGAGGACGGCCGACCCGUACUCGGCCCACUUGGACUGCGGCGUGUCCUGGCCCAGGUUGCCCUUCUCACUCACCACAUAAAAAUCGGUUGAGGUGCCCCAACGGCUCAGGAAACUGACCAUACACACAGACACGUGCACACACAUGCCACCCACCAAGUGUGUGUGUGUGUGUGUGGGCCUGUGUGUGCAUUGUAUCUUACUCUUUGGGGGCGAGCAGCAGCAGUGUGUCGCCCACAAUGAUGCGCCAAUCCUCUAUGUGCGAGUGGCCCAACACGCCGCCACCACCACCACCUCCGUGAGUGUGUUCCCUCUGUCCAUGUGUGCUGGCGGGGCUGAUACCACUCCCCAUGAGCUGCUGGAAGCCAUACGACUGUCCACCCAGCACCCCCAACCCAAGGCCAAAGGGGCUGCUGCCUCCCCGCCCACCCACACCACCCACCAUGGGCGACCGGGCCGUCCCGCCCCGGGCAAAGGCCUCCAGCGCUGCUCGCGGCGAGCCGCGCGGCGCCACCCCUGGGUCUCCAUCAGAUGUGUUGUCAUGAUGAUGCGCGUGUGUGUGGGGGGAUGGGGGCGAUGUCUUGGAUGUGCCUGGGGAGGGAGAGGCAGACGGCGAGAGGGAGGGGGACGGACCUAAGCCGUCCGCUGCUGCUGCUGCCGCCGCCGCCGCCGCUGCUGCUGCUCCGGCGGCGGAGGGGUGUGGUAUGCUCAUGGUGGACAGAGACGCCGCGGGGGAGGUCAGCGAGUGGGUGGACUUUCGCACGAAGUGGGGGACGGCCAGGGACUCUGGGUCGCAUCCGACGGCUGACACGGGGUGGGGCUGGUGCACUGACGACGCUGCACACACAGACACACACAGACACUCAGACACAUGGCGCGCCACACACGCGUGUCUGAGCAGGUACCAUGGUGAUGGUGAAUGAAGUGCGCCGAGGCCCGGGCGGACAUGACGGGCGAGUUGGCGUUGAAAUGUGCUGUCUGUCCCCUCCUGCGAAUGGCGAGCACCGACACGCCAUAGAUGGAGACGAUGUUGGGGUCGUUGAACCGCCGGCCGAUGAAGUGGCUGCCCGGGGCGACCACCACCUCAACCAGCUGCUCCAUCAGCGAGUGCAGCUCGGUGGUACCCAGCCGAUUCAGCUUCACGUCAGGGAUUUCCAGACGCUCGCCGUUCUGCUGAGCCUGCACGUAAGCAAGCGCCACACGCACACAGACGGGUGAGAGACACCACGCACAUGGGUGUUGUUCCCCUUGUUUUAUGCUUACUGUGAGGACGGCGUCGGCGUCACACGCGAGCAGCAGCUUGUCGCCCUCACGGAAGACCAUCUCGGGGCUAUUAUAAGAAAUAAAGAAGGAUUAUCUGGAUGAUUCACUGUACCCUGCUUGGUACUGCUGGUACUACGCCUACCCGAUGGGGUAGACCUUCUGCCAUCCCUCCUCCUCCACGUUGAACCGGAGGCCCUUCUGCUGAUGCCCACUGGUGCCAGUGGCAGGCGGUCUGCUGGUGUGCGGCGGGCCGAUGACCACUGGCUCGCUCGUCGUCCUGAACCGUAGAUGGUCGUGUUUGUCGGGGGAAGAGCUGGCCGACGUGGUGGGGGUCUGGAUGGCGUGAGGGUGUGCUGCGGUCAUCAUCUCGAUGCCUGUCGGGUGUGGGUGUGGGGGCGGGGUGGCGAUCGGCUCGAUGGUCACCUCCUCGUGUCGCCGGCGCAGCAGCUGCAGGGCGGUGGCCUCGCCACCGAAUAUCUCCAUCACCGUUGCCAAUAUCGGCCGGCCCACCAGCUUGCCUGCAUGGGAAAACAAGAGACAACGUCGUCUCUUUUCCCUUCCUCUCUCUCCCUGCGUGUGUAUGUGUGUGUGUGAGUGAGUGAGAGGCUUGCAGACCUUUAGGGUUGACAACGAGUUGUGUGAGGAACUCUGAUGCGUGUUCCUUUGUGUGCCUGAAGAGGCCGCCCUUGUUGUCGGGCAGCAGGUAGUAGCCCAGCGUCAGCAUGUAGAGUAUCGCCACCACCUUCAGGCCAGGCAAUCCAUACGUAGUGAGGGGACAAAUGGACAAAUGGAUGGAUGGAUGGAUACAGUCGAUGCGCGUCUGGUGUGUGUGUGUGCGUGUGUGUGUGUGUGUAUGUGUGGAAACUCACCCCUGCCGGCACGCCCACAGCCCCGUUAUCAAAGAAGCCAAAAGGCUGCAAUCCCUUCGCCUGCAGGAAACCUGCACAAAGAGAGAGAGAGAGAGAGAGAUGGAGAGAUGUGUGCAGGUUGGCACGCAUGGCUCCCCCCAACAGCACAGCCUAUGCACCUUGCACGAGCAGGUUGGUGGAUGUGCCGACGAUGGUGCAGACGCCGCCGAGUAUGGACGAGUACGAGAGGGGGAUGAGGAACUUGGAGGGCGCCAUCCGCUGACUCCGCGCCCACUCACGGAUCAGAGGGAUGAAGAAGGCCACCACACUGACAUACACACAGACACAAACACACAUUUGGUGAACGAACGAACGAUUAUCGAUGCGUCACUUACGGCGUGUUGUUGAGAAAGGCCGACAGCACCUGAAUACCCACGCGCACACACAGGGAGCCGAGCAUAGCAUAGCACAUGACUGACUGCGUGUGUGACCGACCCAGCCUCUCACCAUGACAAUGACCAUCUGUCUGAGAAUGCCCCAUCUGGCGCUGAAUCGGUUGCUCUGUCCGCCGCCGGCCGUGUGUGUGUUUGGGCGGCCGAACAGCGCGACCAAACACUGGCGCAGGAACUUGGCGCGCGAAGCCGUCUUGACGAGCACAAACAGCGCAGCCACCGUGAUCAUUCCGCUGUUCGAGAAGCCUGACAGAUACAGCCGGGGGAGAGGUGGGAGGUGAGCACGCCGCCUGUCUGUCUGUCUGCCUGUCUGUCUGUCUGUCUGUCUGGUGAGAGUCAGUGACUGACCAGCGAGUGCCUCGUCGGUGUUGAGUAUGCCUGCCGCCCACUCCAUGACCAACGCCGCCAUCACCUGUCAGCCACAACACAAGCACAACACAAGCACAGUGCACCACACAGAAAGCAGCUCGUUUGUCGGUUCGUUUGUCCGUUGGUGCAGUGCUGUGGUGUGGGAGGGCACAUCACCCACUUGGCGUACAUACCAGUGUUUCGGGCGGGUACACCUCCCAGCAGAGUGCCCCAAACAUGACAACAAGCACACUGGCAGUGUACCACCCCUUCCAACCCAUCGCCGCCAUGUUCUUGGUGUGGCCACUCAGAUACAACCACAGCCACGAUCAAGAGCUGCUGCUUGCCUGCUUCACUCACUCUCCAACUCAACACUCAUCGUGUGCUUUUCCCUCCU